GCCUUGCUCCAGCCCCUUCCUGUGUCCAUGCAAUAGCAAGCCGGUCGGCAACCGAUCGCGAUUUCAUUGUGGGGUUUGUGCGCCUUGGAAGAUCCCGGGGUGAAAUCUACCAGGGUGAGACCCACCCUGCUCCAGUCCUCGCUAAGAAUAAGAAUAAGAAUAAUGCAAAGACUGUCACUCCUGAACCCUUAAAGGAGGAAGAGGAGGCACAGAGGGAACCCAGCCGAAGUGCAGUCAGGAUGGGUAGGGAAGGGAGUGACUCCGGAUCGGGCUCCGCUUUCGGGCCCCCAGGGUCGACGGCGCGCCCGGUGUCGGGCGUCUCCGAUUAGAAGCGGAUCCGGCUGCGACAGAAACAGACACCGCCCGGUUCAGUGGGUGAAAUGCUGCAGGAGCUAUUCUGCAUCCCAGCAACAACAUGCAAGAGAACUAUGAGAAUGUGAUCUCUCUUGCGGAGGAAAUUGCAAUCAGCUGGCCCCGGAUCACCGCGUUUGCCGAGUCUCACAGAAGAAGAGGGUUGGCACCUGUUUCCUUUCCCAGACCUCAGCAGUUACUGGAUUCUCUCGUUGUUCCAGCAGAUGAUGGGAUGGUGAGUGAGAAUGAGAACGGGAACGAAGAGGAGGAGGCACCGCAGGACGGAGAAGGAGAGGGCGGAGGGGAUGUUGCCGCUGAGAAGGUGGAGGCCCAAAAGGAUCUCCUGCCGGAGAACACCAAAGAGCCUCUUGAGCCUGAGCUGAAAGCCAGCGAGGAAAGCCCAGACCAGGCAGCCUUGGAUGAGCGGCCGAGGAAGCCCCUGGGGAAGAGACAGGCCAAGUCGAGCGUCCACCGUGCUUUCAAGAAGUUCUCCUCACGCAACCACCACCACGGCCUGCUGGGCCACACCGGUCGGUGCCACAGCUGCGGCAAGGGCUUCAGCUUCGGCAAGCGCUCCCGGCUGCACGGCGCCACCGGCCUGGAGAAGCCCUACAAGUGUGGCGAAUGCGGCAAGGGUUUCCGGCUGCACUCCACCCUGGCGACCCACCAGCGCCGCCACACCAGCACCAAGCCCUACCGCUGCGCCGAGUGUGGCAAGAGCUUCAGCGUUGGCUCGGCCUUCAUCCAGCAUCAGCGCACCCACGCCGGCAAGCGGAGCGGGCCCGGUCCAGCCCGGCCCUGCGAGUGCAAUGUGUGCGGCAAGAGCUUCGGGCUCCCUGCCCACCUCAUCAAACAUCAGAAGCAGCACCUGGAAGAGAAGCCCUACAAGUGCCAGGAGUGCGGCAAGGGCUUCAACUGGAACUCUCACCUGGAGCGCCACCGCCGCAUCCACACCGGAGAGAAGCCGUAUGUCUGCGAGGACUGCGGGCGCGCUUUCGCCUGGAGCUCCCACCUGGAGCGCCACCGGCGGACGCAUUUUGGUGGGCUCCAGAAGGCCUCGUCAUGCAGCUGUUGUUUGGCUGCGGCCGCGGCACCGGCCAGCAAAGCCAGCGCCAAACCCUAUCGGUGUGAUGACUGCGGCAAAGGCUUCAACAAGAACGCGGCCCUGUCCAAGCACCGCCGCGCUCACCAUGCCGCAGAGAAGCCCUAUGUCUGUCAGGACUGCGGCAAGAGCUUCGGUCUGAAUGGCGCCCUGCUGCAGCACCGACGGACACGGCACCCAGACGACUCGGCCAAGCCGUACGCCUGCGGCGACUGCGGCAAGAGCUUCGCCUGGAGCUCCCACCUGGACCGGCACCGGCGCAUCCACGCCGGCGACAAGCCCUACCGCUGCGAGGACUGUGGGAAGGGCUUCUCCCAGAGCUCCCACUUGGAGCGGCACCAGCGGGUGCACAGGAGCGCCGAGCGCCCGCAAUGCCGCUGUGCCGAGUGUGGGUUCGUUGGGGCGCGGCGGCAGCGCCGGCGAGGGGCCCUGCUGGCCUGCAAGUGCAGCGACUGCGGCAAGAGCUUCCUGUGGCGGCGCCCGGCCUGCAGCGAGUGCGGGAGGGGCGGUGGGGAGGGCGUGCGGCACCAAGGGACGCAGACGGGCGAGAAGCCCUACUCCUGCCUGGACUGCGGCAAGUGCUUCGCCCAGAACUCGGCCCUGGCCAAGCACCGGCGCAUGCACACCGGGGAGAAGCCGUAUAAGUGUGCCGAAUGUGGCAAGAGCUUCGGCGUCCGCUCCAACCUGCUGAAGCACCAGCGCACGCACCUGGGCGAGAAGCCCUACAAGUGCGCCGACUGCGGCAAGGGCUUCAUUCAGAAGUCUGACCUCACCAAGCACCGGCGCAUGCACACCGGGGAGAAGCCGUACCGCUGCGACGCCUGCGGCAAGUGCUUCAGCGUCAGCUCCAAUCUCAUCAAGCACCAGCGCAUCCACUUGGGCGAGAAGCCCUACGCCUGCGGGGAGUGCGGCAAGGCCUUCAUCCAGCGCUCCGAGCUCACCAUCCACCAGCGCACCCACACCGGGGAGAAGCCCUACAAGUGCGGCGUCUGCGGCAAGUGCUUCAGCCGCAGCUCCCACCUCAACCGGCACCAGCGUACCCACAGCAACGGCAAGGCCUCGGCCAGCAGCGCUGGGACGGCCCACACCACCCUGCUGGCCGCCAGCGCUGCCAAACCUGCCGCUCCCCUGCCCGCCUCGGCCUUCUCAGCCUCCUUCGCUUCGCCUGGGCCCCUGCCCGCCCUGCCUGCCUUCCCUGCUUCUCCAUCGUCCCUCCCGAUCCCUUCUUUGGACCUGCCCUGGGCCCUGUCCUUUCCCUCCAGGAGCUUCCCGCACCCCUCCUUCCCUUCUCCUGCCCCUUCAGGGGCCCAGGCCUCAUCUCUGAUCAACUAGCUUCUCCUCCUUCCAGCCCCAGAACCAGCAUGACCAGUGGUCAGGGGAUGAUGGGAGUUGUAGUCCAGCAGGAUGGGGAAGGCUGCUCUCCUCACUCUGUUAUUCCCCCUUUUCCUGAGGAACUGGGACUCUCUUUUCCCUGGUGACACAGUUCAUAGGCUUCAUGUGCCGCCCUUCCUGCUCUGUGUUUCCACUGAUCAGGCCCCAUAACAUCCUCCCUGUUGCCUUCCUGCCCUGCUUGGGGGCUUCUUAGAAACACCUGGUUGUCCUCUGUGGGGAACAGGAUGGUGUAUUAGGUGGGCUUUUGGUCCAAUCCAGCAGGGCUUUUCUUAACGCUCCUCAGCAUGGCUUCAGGUGUUUGCCUCAGAAAUCGGUCAUAUUCUGUUCCGUCCCUUUCUGCUCAGUGCCCUUUUCCAGCUGCCUCAUCUUCUCAGCCAGGUUCUUCCUUGGCAGGAGACAUUCCAACUCCUUUGUUUCUUACUCCUUUGCAGUCCUGUCCCCCCUGGUCGCCCUCCAUUUUGUUUCCCUCCAUUUUGUUCCGCUGCUGUUGUGGUGUUCAUGCUUGUGAAUUACCCACUCUUGUGCCUCGUCCUGUCCAGAACUUGUUUUUCUCAUUUGCAUCGCAAGUCUCUAUGUAUUUUCCAGGCUUUAUCCAUUUUGUGCCAUACAGUGGUGCCUCGCAAGACGAAAUUAAUUCGUUCCGCAAG